UGCUGUCGGUGUCUGCGGACACAGCGGGUGGUUUCUGAGGUGGAGGCGCUGCUUUACUGACUCUAUCUGGAAUACAACUCAGCUCCAAGUCGCCGUUAAAGUUGCCGUCGGGUGAGGUGAAGAUGGUGGACCGGCUUGCGAACAGCGAGGCCAAUUCCAAGCGGAUCGCGGUGGUGGAGGGCUGCUUUGGGGCGGCGGGCCAGCCGCUGGCCAUCCCGGGCCGCGUGCUGAUCGGCGAGGGCGUCCUCACCAAACUCUGCCGCAAGAAGCCGAAGGCGCGGCAGUUCUUCCUCUUCAACGACAUCCUGGUCUACGGCAACAUCGUCAUUCAGAAGAAGAAGUACAACAAGCAGCACAUCAUCCCGCUGGAGAGCGUCACCAUCGACACGGUGCCGGACGAGGGCGACUUGCGCAACGGCUGGCUCAUCAAGACGCCCACCAAGUCCUUCGCCGUCUACGCCGCCACCGCCACCGAGAAGUCGGAGUGGAUGAACCACAUAGGGAAAUGUGUGGGAGACUUGCUACAGAAAAGCGGCAAGGCUCCCACCGGAGAGCACGCCGCCGUCUGGGUGCCCGACUCGGAGGCGGCGGUGUGCAUGCGCUGCCAGAAGGUGAAGUUCACGCCCGUGAGCCGCCGCCACCACUGCAGGAAGUGUGGCUUCGUGGUGUGCGGGCCAUGCUCGGAGAAGAAGUACCUCCUGCCCAGCCAGUCGUCCAAACCCGUCCGAGUCUGCGAAUACUGCUACGUGCAGCUGACGUCGGGGAGCCUCGCGCCGCGGUCAGACUCCAUCAGCCGGCCGGGGUCAAAGUUCAACAACCUGUCGGACGACGAGGACGAAGACGACAGCAGUGACUGA